AGUUCACACAGAGGACUGAACGUACAAGUGAGAGGUACAAACCUUAAGCAAGGGACAGGCCGCGAAGCGUGUUCUCUAUCAUUCCCCUGAUGUUUUCACACACACAGCGUGAGCAAUUAUGUCAGUGAAACAUGCCCAGCCCCACUUCAGCCAGUCUCAGGUGACUGAGAUGAUGAAGAGGCUCUUCAACCUGACACCAUCAGAAAUCCACUCUCUGCCGAGCUAUGAGGACCAGAACUUCUAUGUGGCGCCCGCUGAGGGUGGCGAGUACGCCCUGAAGAUAAUGAACUCAGAAGACAGUGAGAACCCCACCCUGAUUGAGGUGCAGACAUAUGCUAUGUCUGUCCUUCACCAGAAUGGACUUCCUGUCCAAACAGUCGUGCCCACCACCUCAGGACAGCUCAUGAGCCUGGAAGAAACAGAUUGUGGAUAUGGCCCUCAGAGGUACCUGGUGCGACUGUUUACUUAUUUGCCUGGAACCACCAUUUCCAAGGUCCCUUUAACACCACAGUUACUGUAUGAAGCUGGCAAGACAGCAGCCAGGAUGGACAAAAUCUUUCACCAGUUGGAGCACCCUGAUCUUGGCGUGGUGCAGAGAGAGAAUUUCAUGUGGAGUCUGUCAAAUGUUCCCCUCCUGGAAGGUUACGUCCAUUUAUUAGAUGGAGAUCCUCUUCAGGAGGUUGUGAAGUCUGUCAUUCAUCAGUACAAGACCUCUGUGAUCCCUAAACGCUCCAAUUUCCGCAAGUGCAUUAACCACGGUGACUUCAGUGAUCAAAAUAUUCUCGUACAACCUGAGGGUGACGGCCACAAGAUUUCUGGCAUCCUUGACUUUGGGGACAUGAACACUGGCUGCUUCAUCCAUGAGCUCGCCAUCGCUAUCAUGUACAUGAUGACGGAGCACCCAAAACCCAUAGAUGUGGGUGGACCUGUCCUUGCAGGGUGGGAAAGUGUCCUUCCUCUCAACAAGGCAGAGAAAGAUUGUCUCUAUGUGCUGGUGCUGUCCCGCUUCUGCCAGUCACUGGUUUUAGCUCGUCACUCUGUAAUGUUGCAUCCAGAAAAUGAAGAGUAUCUGAUGAUUACAUCCAGGAGGGGCGUCCAUACUCUCCGUCAACUCUGGGAGCUUGGAAAAGAGCAGGUGGAGAAGGUGUGGUUUCAGAGUGCUGCUCAAGUGAGUGACAGCAAGUGAGAAAUAUGUAGCCAUUCAUGCUUUAAAUGCACAAUAGGGUGAUUCCACUGAGACAUUUUUUCCAAAUCAAGUGUAAUUUUCAUCUAAAUUCACCGAAGUGCCUGUAUCCAUGUAUUACACUCACAUAAACACAUUUUGGUGAAGACGAUUUAAUGUUGUAAUGAGUUUUUGUAUAAAAUAAAAAUAAUAAUGAGUUUUGUAUGAAUUCUGAGGGUGUGAAUUUAUCCUUUAUACUGUAUAGUGUGCUCAAAAGUCCUUAAAAGAUGGGUUCAAUGGCAUUUACACUACUUCAACACUCACACAAUCUACCUUAACUUUCAGAAUGCGUGUUUCUUUAACUGGGUCCAGAUGUUAACCUUUUAAUACUGCUCCAAUUAUUUUAAUAAACAAAACAACUCCUUAAAGAGC